AUGAAUGGAGUUGUAGAAGCUGCCAACAAGAACAUCAAGAAGAUUUUUAGGAAAGUGAUUGACAAUCACAAAGGUUGGCACGAGAUGUUGCCAUAUGCUUUGUUGGGGUACAAAACGACUGUUAGGAUGUCAAAUGGAGCAACUCCAUACUUGUUAGUAUAUGAAACAGAAGCAGUUAUACCUGCCGAAGUUGAGAUACCUUCAUUGAGAAUCAUCCAAGAAGCUGAAUUGAGUGAUGCUGAUUGGGUUCGAAAGUGGAUUGAUCAGUUAACAUUGAUUGAUGAGAAGAGAAUGGUCGCUAUUUGUCAUGGUCAACUGUAUCGACAGAGAAUAAUUCGUGCUUUCCACAAGAGAGUAAGAGCCAAGAUGUUUGAAAUUGGCCAGUUGGUUGUCAAACGCAUUUUCCCUCAUCAGGAUGAAUAUAAAGGGAAAUUUGCACCAAAUUGGCAAGGACCCUACAUGGUUCACAUAGUGUUAUCUGGAGGUGCCUUGGUUUUGUCAAAGAUGGAUGGCACCGAAUGA